GACAGUCAUUAGGGAUUAUGCAUACUGCAUUGGACAAGGUGGUUCCUCUUACAAUUUGUCUGAGCUUUCCUUUGAUGCCCGCACACAUACAGAAUGGCAUCGUCAACGCAAUCCCUGACCAUUCUCAUUGUCGGAGGCGGUAUCGCCGGGCUGUCAGCGGCAAUAGCCCUCCGAGCACCAAAUCGUCAGGUCACAAUACUUGAACAAUCGCGUCUACAUGCAGAGAUUGGUGCAACAAUCUCCCUCCAACCGAAUGCAAGUCGCAUUCUUGCCCAACAGUGGAAGCUAUCGGCAGAAGAGCUUGCUAUUGCUCGCGGCAUGAUUGAUCAUGGCUUCAGAGUGUACAACACCGAAGGGACAAAAGUGAAUGAGAUUCCACUCAAGGAAGGGAAAUACGAUGCAGAGCGAAUGAUGUACCACCGUCAAGAUCUCCACGAAUGUCUGAAAAUGGCCGCUACCUCAACCACAAGACCUGGGCCGCCUGCUACGAUAAAAGUCUCCAGUAAAGUCGUCAGUUGCGAUUGUGAUGCCGGAAUGGUCCAGCUCGAAUCUGGCGAAAAGCUUCAAGCGGAUGUAGUCAUCGCAGCUGAUGGCAUUCACAGCACGAUGCGAUCAUUUGUACUGGGCGAGACCAUAUCUCCUGUUCCAACAGGUUUAUCCGCUUAUCGGAUUAUAGUCCCCAACGAUAUCCUGGAAGAGCAUGCGAAAGGCUUCUGCAGCAACAUCGAUCCACGCGAGGCUUUCACAUCAAUGGUCAUGGCCCACUCGUGUCGUUUGAUCAUGGGCACUGCUCGGGAUGGCACAAUCUACAGCAUAGUUGGUUUAGUCCCGGACGAGAAAAUGAAUGAAGAUCCGAAUGUGAAACAGUCUUGGGUAUCACGAGGUGACCUCAACAAGAUGCUCGAGACAUACAAGGACUUUCCUGACUGGGUCAAAGAGCCUUUCAGGUUGGCUAAGGACAUUGGACUGUGGCAGCUACGAGACAUUGAUCCAUUGAAGACUUGGACGAGAGGCAGAUUCAUAUUGAUCGGCGAUGCAGCACAUGCUAUGCUUCCAACUCAAGGACAGGGUGCAAGUCAAAGCGUGGAAGACGCGGAAGCCUUGGGUGCUUUCUUCGCAGACAUCACGGUGGCACCAAGCAAAGAGCAAGUUCAGAAAGUUCUACAGCAGGUUUUUGAAUCACGUUACGAGAGAGCCAGUUUGAUCCAGAAGUACAGCCGAGAAGCGGCAAAGCCUGCGACAGAUGCGGGUAGCAAAGAGAUAAAGAUGCGCCCCGAUGAGUUCAUGGAUUACAAUUGUCAUUACAAGGGAGUCAAAGACUGGAUUGAGCAACGCCAGAUACGGGCGAGCGCAUAGCAUGAACUCGAUCGCACUCCCACCUUGCAAACUUCUUUCGCUUUCAUACUCGACCCUUCUCCGAAGCAAUUAUUUGUCGCGACGCUGGCAAACCCUGAGCAAGCUUUAACGUUCAUAGCGGAUUAUGGUACAUCAAAGAAAUGUCGUUGAUUACAGCAAUGCAUCGACAAGCAUCGACUAUUCUAAGCGGUUCCGUCACA